AUGAUUCGGGAUGCGGAGUUCUGGAAGGAGGCGCGGCGCCGACACAACGGGGGGGAUGCAAUAUUCACCACCAUGUUCCCGCUGCUGCACGCGCGGCAAGUGGCCCUGGACUCCGGCAUAGAGGUAGAUGAAGAUGAAAUUCGCUGUGGCAUUUCUAGCGCCUUUCCUUUUCCCAGGGAGCCAAUAAAGAAUGCGCCAUUUGGAGAGAAUGAAGGCGCAGCUCUUCCAGAGUACGACGCCCGCGGCAAGACGGUUUCCACAAGUGUAAUACGAGUUAUGCAACAGAUUUUGAUGUUUGCAGUUCCACUUUAUUCACUGCAGUAUAACAUACCCGCCAUGUCGAUGGCGUUACGAACGAGCUGCGUUGUGGAUAGGGCGUCGAAGCACCUCGUUACAUUUGGAGUUGCUGAGGUGAAGGUACCAAAGCAUCUCCAGUGUCGAGGUUGCGUUGCCACAGACGACUUUUUCGCCAUCUUGACAGAUGACGAGGAAGUUUGGGUGUCGGGCGGCUUGAGCGUGUGCACGGCUGAGAACGGAGUGUGGAAGUCAGGGCUGCUUGGAAAGAGGGACUGCAUGUCCAAGGUUGCGGGGAAAGCCCUGUUGGUGGUAGGACAUGGAUCGCGUCUUGCCUGCGUAACGCGGGCAUUCAUCGUGCAGCCGCUCUCCAUGCUGUCAAACAACGUGCAUUCGAUCAUCCCAUCUCGUCACGUGCGAUUUUUAGAUUUGGGUUACGGAGACGAGUAUUACAUGGUUGGAACAGACUCUGUGCUAUACAAAACACUUGCGUCUAAGCGCACCAUUGGAACUCCACGUCGCGUUAUGACAUUAAGUCGAACAGCAGUUUCGCGUGUUGCGUGUGGAAAUGGGUUUUGUCUAAUCAUUGAUCAAAACGGCCACUUGUACACGAUGGGGCGGAAUAAACGCGGCCAAUUAGGUAAUGGGCAUAAAAACUCGCGACGUAAACCGCACCUUCAUAAAACCCUUUUGCAUCACUUUUUUGUGAUGGUUGCGGCAGGGGAGACGCAUUCGCUGGCUCUCACAAGUAGCGGAGUUGUAUACGCCGCAGGUAACAACGAAAGUGGCCAACUUGGGUUAGGGCAGACAAUACCUGAGAUGUUGCGUUUUACGCCAGUCCAGUUGCCAAGCAAAUGCGUAGGCAUAGCAGCAGGACCAGCAGGUAGUAUGUUUGCAUGUGAAGAUGGUCGUGUGUAUGCCGCUGGGCUGAAUUUUAACCAGCAGCUUGGAGUGGAUUCGUCGGCUCGCAUUAUUUACACCCCCACUUCCAUUCCAGGGAUAUCAAGGGGUGUGGAGGCGUACACCAUGGACUUUGGUGCGUACCACAAGCCUCUCAUCUUGGCAAGCGACUCAACACCCUCGCCAGUGUUGACGGAUAAUUCACCGAUCGUCUCAAAUCCGGGGGAAGAACCACCCCUGCAGCGGUUUUCGUCUCAAAUCCUGCGGGCGACCCUUGCGAGCGAUAUACAGCGGCCGGAGGCACUUGUACGCGCCGAGUUGCCGACGAAGAGGAAGGGUAAAGCGGCGUGUGUGAAAUGUUGUGUAAUCAUUUGA